UUUAUCAUUCCCUAUCCGAAAUUUUCUGCAGAAAGAAGAGGAUUCUCUGUAACUUUGCCUCUGUAUCUUUCGCUCUCUUUCCACUAACAGAAGACCGGUAUUAAGUUCAAACGCUAGAUUUAGAGAGAGAAAGUGAAUCACACAAGAAAUCAAGAAAAAGGUUUAUUGGUUUCUUAUUGAGUUCAUUACAUCUCGAAGUCGUCGUUCAAAUGCCUUCGGAGACGACUGCAGUCUCGCCUCAAUGGCAAGAAAAGGCAAACGACUUUUUUUCGUCUUCAGGUGUUAAGCUUAAAGAAGCUGGAAAUAUUUUUGGGGAAGCUGCUAAAGAGGCUAAAGAAAAUGUUGCCGAUGUGGCAGAAAGAGUAGGAUCAAUAAUGAGGAGUCGCUGGUCCAUUUUUCAGCAGAAUAACUUACGUCCUGGAUCUAAAGAGGCAGUGCAAGAGCGAUUUCUUUCUGUUGCUGCUUCAACAGGGACACUCUUUAGGAGGGGGAUAUCCGAGACUAAGGAAAAAUGUGUUGUGGGAAAGCUCAAAGUUGAAGAGGUGGCAAAGAAGACUGCUCAAAGAAGUAAAAGUAUUUUAACUAACAUUGAGCGUUGGCAGAAGGGAGUUGCCAGCACUGAUGUGUUUGGAGUUCCAAUUGAGAUAACUGUGCAACGUCAACAAUCCCUCAAGCCCAUUCCUCAUAUUUUGGUUAGCUGUGCUGAUUACCUCGUAUUAUCAGGUUUGAGUACAGAGUACUUGUUCAAAAAUGAAGGCGACAAAAAAGUCAUUCAACAAUUGAUUUCACUAUACAACCAAGAUUGGACUGCAUCAUUGCCGGACGGCAUUAAUCCUGUUGACAUUGGAAUUCUACUCAAGUGUUACAUUGCUAGUCUUCCUGAGCCGCUCAUCACAUUCGAUCUUUAUCAUGAAGUUAGAAAUGCUCGUUCCAGCAUACAUGCAAUCAGAAAUAUAUUGAAGAAACUUCCAAGUGUAAAUUACAUGACACUGGAAUACCUAACUGCACUGUUGCUCCGGGUGAGCCAGAAAUCACCUCUUAACAAGAUGGAUGCUGGCAGCCUUGCAGUGGAGAUGGCUCCUCUCAUCAUUUGGCAAAAGGAGCAGAGACCAGAAUUUUUCUCUCGGUACUGCAAUUUUUCAUCUAAAGGUUCUUCAGACAAGUCCCUGGAUAGGACACCGUCCACCCGCAGUGCCUGGGAUAACCUUUCAGAAACUGAUGCAAAUAUGGAGGCAUCUUCGGCUAUUCCCCUGGACGAUGGCUUGCCCACAACUGAUUUCAGCUCGAUCGAGGUUAUUCAGUGCCUCAUCCAACAGCAUAACGCGAUUUUCACCGAUGCAAAUGAGACAACUUGGAGAUGAUGUGAUUGACAUGAACAGCAUUUCCCCCUCAUAGAUAGAGUUCACAUUGUUUUCCUGAAAUUUCCAGCGUAGUUUUAGAAAUAUCUUUACCCAUAUAGCAACCUUGAAUCUUUUAAGACAAUUUUCAAACUUGGAAAAGCUCAUGGUUUGGGUCUGUAAAUUGUGCAACAUUCAGUUUAAGUAAUAACAGUGAUAAUAUGGAUUGAAUUGUCAAUAGUCAUUUUUUCAAAUGUCAGAUUAGGGAAUUUUUGUAAAGGCUGUACACUCUUAAUAGUUGAAUUUGUAAAAUGCUAGAACCCAUUCAAAUAA